AUGGAAGGAGAACAAAGUACUAAUGCUUCAAUCCCUACUAGGCAGUCAACUUCAAUUUCUUUGGAUACUGCUUCUUAUCGUGAUCCAUUUUUUUUCCAUCCAUCGGACAACCCCAAUGUUGUUCUUUGUAACCCUCCAUUAAACGAUGAUAACUUUGCAUCGUGGAAGAUAGGAAUGAUGAGAGAUUUGCGUGUGAAGAACAAGAUUGGUUUUAUUGAUGGAUCUAUUUCCAAACCAACUGAUCCGGCCAAACUCGCAGAGUGGAUGCGGGCAGAUGGUCUUGUCAUUGGUUGGAUUCAUGCUGCUAUUCUUCCUAGCAUUAAAGAUAGUGCUUCUUAUGCUCCUACUGCUUAUCUUCUCUGGAAAGAUCUCGAGAACAGGCAUGUUGAAUCUUAUGCUCCAAACCUAUAUCAAUUGAAACAACAACUUACCUCUAUUAAGCAGGAUGGUUCUUCUGUGAUGUUUUUUAUGGUCGACUUCUUGCUAUUUGGGAUGAAAUGGAUGCUAUAA